UGCACAACCAUAGUGCAUGCAGUUCAUAGCUCUUUUUCUGCGGGCUGCCACCCCAUCUUCUCUUCUCAAUCCAGGUGUUAAAUGCCACCAAUGCUGGCUUUCCUUACUUUGGAUAGACAAGAGGAGUCACCAGUAAUGGGCAGACUGGCAGGAGGGCAGAAGCUGGAAAGAGAACAUUCAUUCACUUGGCCACCCUCCUAUUCUGGCCCUAAUCCACGGAGCUGUGGCUCAGCUUGCUUCAUGGGAGCAAGUGUUCUGCUUCUGGUGCCUUUGCUAAGCUGACUUUGAUAAUGGCGAAGAUGGUAAGAAGACAAUGUGCAUUUUGCCCAGAGGAUGAAGAAUGUGCCAUUAUGUAUAUUGCUGAAGAACAGAAUCUUGCAGUUCAUCAAGACUGUUUGUUAUAUUCCUCAGGAUUUGUGGAAUCUGAAGAACAUAACCCUGAGAAUCUUGAUAUCAGGUUCGAUGUGACUUCAGUAGUGAGUGAAAUAAAGAGAGGAAAGAGGCUGAUGUGCAAUUUCUGUCGCAAGAAAGGAGCCACUGUUGGCUGUGAGAUAAAAAACUGUCGCAGAAGUUACCAUUAUUUCUGCGCCCUCUGUGAUGAUGCUGCCAUAGAAACAGAUGAAAUGCAAGGCAUUUACCGAGUGUUUUGUCCCAACCAUGCUCCAGGCAAGAAGGCCAGUUUUUAUGGUGAAGACAAUAAGAGGGAAAGGCCCCCAGUCCUAAUGAAAUCAUCAUCCACUAGGAAAAAAAUGAGCGAUGACCCAGUGCCAGAAGAAAACUUGCAAGUCCUCAGGAAAAAACAUGACCGGCAUAAAGUAAGGACAGACUUUUUAAGGAAGUGUAAGCAGGCUGGGCUCCUUGAUGAAAUCUUUGAGGAAAUGUUAGAUACUCUUCACUUGGCACAGGAAAAACUGAUGGAUGACAACACUUCAGAAGCAGAAUAUGAAGAAACGGUAAUAUCGCUUUUUGACUGUGGUCUCUUUGAAAAUAUUCUUACAGCUGCUCACUCUGGAACUGAAAAAAAGAUUCAGGAGCUACUGAAUACACGGAAAAAACUGGACACUCAGAUUGAGCUUCUAAAAGAUUUAAAAGAAGUAGUACUACCUACUCCAGAGGAUACAGCUAGUGCAUCGAACAGUAUCUGUGAAUAGACUAAAUCUUCCAUAAUACUGGUUGAUUCCUUCCAGUUGGAUCUUGUAUAAAAUUGACCUUGUAAUAUAAAGGCUCAGUUCUCCUUA